CCUCCUCCUCAACUGACCUGAGCAGUCGGAGCAUCAGUCGGAGCAGCAGCACUACAGCAGAGAGGCGAAGAUGCAGCAGGUCUCCUUCCUCUCCACCAUGGAGCACCUGCCCCACUGACGACAAGUGGAGUAGAGAGGAGAAAUCCAGCCUAAAUUUCAACAACCGCCAAAUGCAAGGUUAUGGAAAGGCCGAAUGAGAGAAGAGGAGCUAAAACGGGUAAUGAAACUGGCCAAGAAAAGAAAAUGCAUGGAGCCAGAGGCAGAGGACAAAGACGCGCACAGGGAUACAGGGCGGGAGAACAGGAGGGCAGAAAAAGAGCGGGGCAAGAAAGGGAGGAGCCAGAUAAAGGUGAACAAAUGUGUGAGGGAGGCAUAGGCAGAGGAAGAGGAGGAAGAUUGGAGUUAGGGAAAGGAGGAGGCAGAUUUGCAGGAAGAGGUGGCAGGGAGUUGACAAAUGGAGGAGGAAGUAACGGGGUGAGGGUAAACGUAGGAGGCAAAGGAGGAGGAGCAGACGCGCAGAGAGUGAACGGAAGAGAUGCAGGAAGAGGUGGUGGACAGAGAGGAAGAGGACGAGGAGGGAGGGGGAGAAGUAGAGGGGAAGGUGCAAAGGCACAGAGAGGUGGGUUGGGAAGAAAUGGAGAGUCAGGUGCAGAUGGAAGAGAAGGGGUCAACGGAAGAGAUGCAGGAAGAGGUGGUGGACAGAGAGGAGGGACAGACGUGCAGAGAGUGAAUGGAAGAGAUGCAGGAAGAGGUGGUGGACAGAGAGGAGGGGCAGACGUGCAGAGAGUGAAUGGAAGAGGUGGUGGACAGAGAGGAGGAGGAGGAAGAGGGAGGGGGAGAAGUAGAGGGGAAGGUGCAAAGGCACAGAGAGGUGGGUUGGGAAGAAAUGGAGAGCCAGGUGCAGAUGGAAGAGAAGAGGCAACAGGGGGAGUGGCAGAAAUGGAUGUGAGGAGAAGAGGGCAGAGUUUGGAUGCAAGAGGUGGUAGACGGGGCGAGAGAGGAGGUGGUUUGAGAGACAGACAAGAGAGGAAAGGAGGGAGAUCAAAUUCUACAGAAAGGGCUAGGGCACCACAGGGCCGUCACCUGGGUUAUAAAACACUUGAAAUACUCUCUGAAAAAGACCCAUCGCUGGUGGCCAUCGCCCUCUCCUCCAACCCGGCGCUACCAGAUACCCUGCGCGAGACAACCAUGAGGCAGGACCUCGUGGAACUCCUCUGCCUGGUGCUGAGUAAAGCCUUCAAAUCGCAGACGGACAGAGGAUCUCUGCAGCGCCUGGCUGGCAUUAUAAAAGAUUCAGGUUUUUUCCGCACCGUCCUGCCGCACUAUGUGGCGAGCAUGAGGUCAGAGGUCAACUCUCUUCGCCGGGCACAGUGCCCUCAGCAUCUGGAAAACAUCCUGGCUAUUCUCUUCAAGGUGCUUAAAAUCUUCCCUGCUGGCUCCGUUGAGGCAGUGAGUUUGCUACUGACGCUGCUCGAACAUUCCAUGAAAAGCCUUAGUGCGUUGGGAGCGGACAUCCAGCCUCAAAUGGAGGAGACUGUGGAGGGUCUUCAGGCCCAGGUCCGUCACCUUCAGAGGGGAUCCAGGGAGGGAGCCUUAACCACUGGUGAAGGGGAGCAAGAGGAUUUCUGGAACAAACCCAUCUACCCAACUCAUGAGGAGUUACAGCUGGACCACAGGCCCUUCCUCAGACCCAACCUCACCUCUGAGCGCUACAAAGACACCCACCACUACCUUGACACGCAGUUCCGGCUGCUGAGAGAGGACUUUGUGAAGCCGCUGCGUGACGGGAUCCAGGAAUUUCUCUGGAACCAUAUUGAGCCAGGAAAGGGGAAUAAAAGACUGAAGGCCAAACACUUUGAUAAUUUCUACGUGUACUUUGACACACGACUGGUGGUGCUCAACUGCACAAACACUGGCCUUGCCUACACAGUCCAGUUUGACAUUAAGCCACUUAAGUCUGUGCCCUGGCAGAACUCCAAGAGGCUGCUCAAUGGCUCCCUGGUCUGCCUGUCCUGCGAUCAUUUUGAGAGCUUCCUGUUCGCCACGGUGUCAGAUCGGGACCUCAAAGACCUGAUGAAAGGACAGGUCCAGAUAAUGUUUACUGAGGAAAGCAGACUCAAGUUGGCUGACAUUCAGAAAGAUCAAGUGUUCCUCAUGAUAGAGUCCACAGCCUUCUUUGAGGCCUAUCGGUACGUUCUCGAGGGCCUACAGGAGCAGGCGGUGAACAGCCUGCCUUUUCAGAGGUACAUUGUGGAGUGCAGCACCAAUGUGCAACCCCCAGCUUAUCUGCGAAGACAGGAUAAGUACGACCUGUCAUCUAUCGCUGAACCGAAGUACCAGAAGAGCACGGUGCCCUUCCGCUGCCUGGAGGCAGGGGCCUGGCCAAAAAUGGAGGUGCUGGGGCUGGAUGAGUCUCAGAUGAAAGCCCUCCGGCUGGCCCUCACAAAGGAGCUGGCCAUUAUCCAGGGACCUCCUGGCACCGGAAAGACCCACGUCGGCCUCAAGAUUGCUCGGGCUCUGUUGAACAAUGGGGCUCUAUGGGGAAAUAAAUUUGGCACGGGAACGAUGCUGAUUGUGUGUUACACUAACCAUGCCCUGGAUCAGUUCCUGGAGGGUAUUCAUAAAUUUCUGGAAAAUGGAAUAGUGAGAGUAGGAGGCUGCAGCAAAAGCGAGAUCCUGAAGCCUUUCAAUCUGAGGGAGCUGAGCCGCUCUCCUAACUGCAGACUUGCGCUGCCACCUCACCUGAGUUUGGCAUACAGAGAGAUUAAGAGAGAACUGUAUGACGAGGAGCGGAACAUCCUGAGUCAGAAUAAGAAACUGGAGUGUUCUCUGAAAGGCAUUCUGCACGAGAACGUCUUGAAGACAUUCAUUUCCGAGAGACAUUGGUACGGUCUUCAGCUACCAACCACCUCAAAUCAGAAGUCCAGGAUUAUGGAGUGGUUGAAUUUGGGUUCCAUCGUCUUCCUGCGGAGGGAGACAGAGACUUCAAAUAGAAAUGAAGCUGCGCCAGCGGAGGAAGCGAUGGAGCUGGAGGAAGAGGGCCUCAUUGAAAUCGCAGAGGAGGCAGAUCUGAUUCAGGCAGAGCGGAUUAUUGAAGACAACAUUGGUCCCAGAAGGGGUAGAGACGACCGCAUGAAGGAAGCCAUGAAGUCAGCUGUCAGAGAAGUGGAAGAACUGAUGCUGGCUUUGAACCUGGAUGCAGAUGAAAUACAGGCUGAGCAGAGCGAGGGAGAAUGGGAGAUGCAACGGGACCCGAAGAUGAAACUGAAGAACGAAAUCAGAAAAGAGCUGAGGAAGAUUUCAGAUAUGACUGAAGAAGAGGAAAAUCUCGUCUUGAAUGUUUGGGUCCUCAGUCUGCCAGACAGAUGGAGACUCUAUCGGUUGUGGGUGGCACGCUUCAGGUCAGAGCUUCGCACCAGUGCCCUAAAAUCUGAAGAGGCCUAUCAGAACGCCGUGGAAAGAUUGGCUGAUGUGAGACGACAUGAGAGCCUCUGUAUCCUGAGGAAAGCCAAGGUUAUUGGCAUGACAACAACAGGGGCAGCAAAAUACCGCAGAGUUCUGCAGGAAGUGGGUCCACGUCUGGUGAUCGUAGAAGAGGCUGCACAGGUUCUCGAGGCCCACACCAUCACCACACUGAGCGAAGCAUGCCAACAUCUCAUCCUCAUCGGAGACCACCAGCAGUUGCAACCCAGUACUACGGUUUACGAACUUGGGAAGAGAUACAACAUGAAGAUCUCCAUGUUUGAAAGACUGGUGAAGAUGGGACUUCCUUUUGUCAGGCUCAACUACCAGCAUCGUAUGAGGCCAGAAAUUGCCCGUCUUCUGACCCCACACAUCUACCCAGAGCUGGAAAAUCAUCCCUCUGUGUUGGACUUUGAAAAGAUCAAGGGCAUUAAAACCAGCAUAUUCUUUGUGGAGCACAACUAUCCAGAAGAAAUCGGAGAUGGGACAAGCCACCAGAACCAACAUGAGGCCAUGUUUGUAGUCGCUCUUUGCCGCUAUCUUCUCUUUCAAGACUACAAACCAGAGCAAAUUACCAUCCUUACGACCUAUAACAGCCAGCUCUACUGUCUGCACAAACUUAUGCCUGCCAGCCAGUUCGCAGGGGUCCAAGUGCAUGUAGUUGACAAGUACCAGGGAGAAGAGAAUGACAUUGUCUUGUUGUCUCUGGUCCGCAGCAACAUGCAGGGUAAAGUUGGUUUUUUGAGCAUCUCCAAUCGCGUCUGUGUAGCUUUGUCUCGUGCCAGGAAAGGUCUCUACUUUGUUGGCAGCAGUGCAACACUUGGCAAAGUGAAACUGUGGAGCAACAUCUUCCAAACUUUGAGGGAGAACGACCAAAUUGGGAAAGCUCUGACCCUGUACUGUCAGAAUCAUCCAAACCGACAGGUAGAAGCUGCUUGUGCCGAGGACUUCAAACAAGCCCCGGAGGGUGGCUGCACUAAGCCCUGCCAGUUCAUUCUCGAUUGUGACCAUGUUUGCCAAAAAGUCUGCCACCCUUACGACCCUGAGCACAAGAAGUACAAGUGUCUCAAGAAGUGCCAGAGGAUUUUAUGUGAUCUGGGACACAGGUGCCCACUUGAGUGUCACAGAGAAUGCCCACAGAAAUGUCCAGUGAAGGUUGAGAAGAUCAUACCCCAGUGUCAACACACACAGAUGGUUCCUUGCCACCAGGACCCAGAGACAUUUGAAUGCAAGAAGCCUUGCCAGAAAAUACUCAUGUGUGGACAUCCAUGUGAUUCAACCUGCGGGGGACAAUGCACUGGUAUGUGCAAUGUGAAGGUCACCUUAGAGCUAAACUGUGGCCACAGCCAGCAAGAUGCUUGCUUUUACCAAACACAGACAGAGAAGCCUGCCUGCAGGACCCCAUGUGUGCAAAAGCUAAAAUGUGGCCACCCUUGCCGUGGUAACUGUGCAAAGUGUUAUCAGGGACGCUUCCAUGUCCUAUGUUUUCUCCGGUGUGAGCGUCUCCUGGUUUGCUCUCACAUGUGCAGUAAGCCUUGCUUUUGUGACGGCUCCUCCUGUAAGAGGCGAUGUGAAAAUCGCUGCGACCACAGUAAGUGUUUGAAGCCAUGCGGGCAGCCCUGUACUCCAUGCACUGAGCCCUGCACCUGGCAGUGCCCUCACCAAAGAUGCAGCAAGCUUUGCCAUGAGCCAUGUGAUCGUUCUCCUUGCAGCCAACCCUGUGCUAAUACUCUGGAUUGCGGCCACCCGUGCAUUGGUCUGUGUGGAGAAAAAUGCCCAAGCAAAUGUCGCAUCUGUAAUCAUGAUGAGUUCACAGAGUUAUUGAAUGGAACUGAGGAUGGCCCUGAGGCUUACUUUAUUCAGCUAGAGGACUGUGGACACAGAUUUGAAUACACAGCCAUGGAUAAGUACAUGGGAAUGAAUGACAAUGAGCAGGCAAAUGAAGAAGAGGUGGCCAGAUCAUUAAAGGAAUGUCCCAAGUGUUUCACUCCAAUCCGCAAGAAUCUUCGCUAUGGCUCUCACAUCAAACGUAGCCUGGCCAAGAUAGAGACGGUAAAGGUGAAGAUAAAUGGACAUCCAGCAGAUAUUGCAAAGCGCAGCAGGGCUCUCAAAAAACAGUGUAAAGAAAGCCGUGACAUGCUUCAGCAAUACGGUUAUAUGCACAUCAGUAGCAGACUGGGAGAGCCCAAUAUUACACCAAAUGACCUGUGGGUCCUGGAAAACCAGAUGGAUUUCCUAACAAGAGUUGCAAAGCUACUGACGAUGACAACAGAAAACAUGUCAACCAUGCAAUGCAUCCAGUUUGAGAGUAAUGUUGCAGAGUUUGUGCACUGGCUGGGUGAUGUCGACCAAAACUUCACGGACCAGCAGGUCUUUGAUUUGCAGAGACAGUUGCGGAGACUCACCUUCCUCGCUGAGCUCAAUGUCUGUUGUCAUGAGGAAGAAAACAGAUGGCAAAGGGAUGAAAUUCCGUCCGAGGUACAAACAAUCACACAAGUUUUGGAAAAGUCUGGCCAGUUCAAUGAGCAAGAUGAACAACGAGUGAAAGAAACCAUGAAGGAGCUGAACCAAAAGCUUCCACUCGCAGGCUUGGGGAUCGGGGAGGAGGACAGAAAGUGGAUCCUCUCAACUAGGAAAAUGCCUUCUCGACACUGGUACAAAUGAACUAACAGCCAUGUCUUAUAACAAGAGUGUGAAAAGGACAAUAGAGAGUCGAUGGCGCCCUCACUGUGAUGCUGGUAUUUGUGGGGGCAAUCACAGACAAGCGCAACUGAUGUCGCUGCUAGGAUGAGCAUCUUGCUUGUUCUGAAGCCUACAACCCUCUAAAUUUUGAUCAAUGUGACUUCUGAAAGUCACCAUGGAGAAGUCUGUGACAUUUUAGCCCCAGGCCUGGUAGACUUGGAUAUGUCUGCAAUCUUUGUGAUGAUGUAAGAAUUUAAGUGUAAUAAGGAUGAUUGAAAAGUGUUAAGUGUUAAAUUAGUGUCUUAAAGAGUGUUCUACUUUUGUCUUCUUUUGUAUUAUAUUGGUUGCAGAGGCUAAUGGCUUUUCAAUAUUAGAAAAUUGCCCAUUUAUGUUCACAUUGAGGCAUUUCAUAGCAAUUUGAGAUUGCUUUUAGCAAUGAAGAGUGCUCUAUAAAUCAAAUUUAUUAUUAUUAUUAUUAUUUCAUCAGUAAAACUGGUUUGGCCCAAUGUUUAUGCAUAACACAGGAUACUCUUGAGAUAGAAACUGUGUGAUGCAACGUCAUGGACAUAACACCACAUCCCUGCUCUUUAAAGUGACUAAAAGAUUAGCAUUCAAUAUCGUGUUACCUUUUCAUGUGCGAAGAACCAUGUUUCUGUUUUAGUUAAAUAAUUAAUUAAAGGGUGUUUACACUGUU